UAACUUAAAGAUACGCUGUCCAAUGUCCCAAAGGCCAAUUAAUUGGUGAGUUGAGUUAGAGUUAGCACACGUAACAUAGAGAAGAUUCUCCGGGAAGAAAAGGCCAAAGUGAGGAAAUUCAUGGACAAGACUCUUUGUAAUAACUAAAAUUUUUGAAGUUUGAUAGUAGUUAUAUGAUUUUACAUAACCCAUGUAACACGACGAGUGAAAUUGGAUAUGAGUGUAUGAGCAAAGCCAAAGUGAUCGUGUGGCAGAGCAGCGAGAGAGAAAGCUCUUCUUGUUCUGAUGUCGGAUCAUCUUCCGCGAGAAGUGGUAACCGACAUCCUCUCCCGGUUACCGGCGAAAUCCCUACUCCGAUUCCGGUCAACCUCAAAGUCAUGGAAGUCACUAAUCGACAGCCAGCACUUCAACUCGGUCCAUCUCAGCAGAUCCCUGAGCUUAACCUCCAACACCACCCUCAUCCUCCGCCUCGACUCUGAUCUAUACCAGACAAAUUUCCCAACCCUAGACCCUCCCCUUUUUCUUAACCACCCUCUUAUGUGUUACAGCAACAACAUCACUCUUCUCGGUUCCUGCAACGGACUCCUCUGUAUAUCCAACGUCGCCGACGACAUCGCCUUUUGGAACCCCUCCCUCCGCCAGCACCGUAUUCUUCCCUCUUUGCCCCUCCCCCGCCGCCGCCUCCACCCCGACACCACUCUCUUCGCCGCCCGCGUCUACGGCUUCGGCUUCGACCAUACAAGUCCCGACUACAAGCUCGUCCGCAUCUCUUACUUCGUCGACUUGCAGGACCGCUCCUUCGACUCCCAGGUCAAGCUCUACACGCUCCGCGCCAACGCGUGGAAGACACUCCCCAGCAUGCCCUACGCUCUCUGCUGCGCGCGCACCAUGGGCGUCUUCGUCGGUAACUCCCUCCACUGGGUCGUCACGCGCAAACUCGAACCCGACCAGCCCGAUCUCAUCGUCGCCUUCGAUCUAACCCACGAGAUCUUCACCGAGCUCCCCCUUCCCGACACCGGAGGAGUCGGCGGAGGGUUCGAGAUCGACGUGGCACUAUUAGGCGAUUCCCUCUGCAUGACUGUGAAUUUUCACAAUUCAAAAAUGGAUGUUUGGGUGAUGAGAGAGUAUAACCGUGGUGACAGCUGGUGCAAGCUGUUCACGCUGGAGGAGUCGCGUGAGUUGAGAUCGUUCAAGUGCUUGAGGCCCUUGGGAUACUCGAGCGAUGGGAAUAAGGUUCUGUUGGAACACGACCGGAAGAGGCUGUGUUGGUAUGACCUGGGAAAGAAAGAGGUUACCCUUGUUAGAAUUCAGGGUUUGCCUAAUUUGAACGAAGCCAUGAUUUGUUUGGGAACUCUCGUCACACCCUAUUUCUUACCUCGUCAAAUUUGUCGCAAGUCGCCGACUUUAGGCUGCCAACGUCGCAGGGAUGACUUCCUGUCCCAGGGUUUCAAAUUGACACUAUGAGGAAUUCAACGAAGAAGCGGUGGUACAUGGGGGUGGCUGAAACUGGCUCGGCGUGUUUGUUUAGAAGUUGAUUCGAGCCAAAGGGAGGUUGAGGAAAAGUAAGAAAAUGUUGCUUUCGUUACACAAUGUCUGUAAUGUACACUUAAAUUAAUAUAGCUAGGUAUUUUACUUUGGGAUGUGUGCCACGAAUUCUGAAACAAACAUACUCUUACUGGUUGCUUCCUGAGUUAUCUGACUCUGAUGAUGAAAUUCGUGGUGCUGGUUCACAGGAUGAGUUAAAUUGUUGAUCAGGAGCUGGAACAGAGACACCCUUUUGCCUGUUUAGAUAAGACUUUUUCCGUGUAUAGUUUUUUGGACAUUCUGUUUUCUUAGCGAUGAAGGUGAAGAAAGGGCUGGAGUUCAGAAUGUUGAAGAUGAAGAAAACAAUGACUGAAAAACAGAUACCAAAUAUACAAAUGCUUCUUUCCUCUCUUAUUAACAGUCUCUAAUUACUAAGAUCCCGUAACACACCUGCUUUCUGCAAUAGAAAAAAAAAUGGCCUACAUGGUUUUGUUGUAAAGAAGUGUUGAAGCUUGGAUUGCCUCCCUGAUUAUGUAUGUACGUUUGUUGAUCCGGUUGUACCAGAGCAAAUUGUAAUUAAACUUUUGCAGUUAACUUGACAUGUUGUUUUGGUUUAUUGGUAGGUGGAAUUUCCAGAUUGAGUGCUGAAACUUGAAAUGUUGACAAAUUAACUUAACGAAAGAUUUGGCACUAGGCUUUUUGUCCUUUGGAUGAAACUAAGUUGAAGAAGUGCUUUCUAGUACUGGCCUUGUCCUUCGGGUACUUGUUGUUUUAGGAUGUUAAUCUUUUGUUGCUCAAGUGAAUUUCACUAACGCUUAUUUAGUGCUUGUAUGUAUGCUUUCACAAUAUGUUCAAUACGAUUUUUCGUGAAUUUUGGUCA